CCCCUCGCACCUCUGCUCCCUGCCAAUCACGCUGACCCUCCCGGCCCGCCCCGGAGCGCGCACCCGCGGGUCCGCGGCUUCGCCCGGCAGGAAAGAUGGAGCGUGGAGCGGCCGGCGGCUUCUCAGAGGAGCAGUUCCGGGAGGCCUGCGCGGAGAUCCAGCAGCGCGCGCCGGCAGGCGCCCACUGGGAGCUGCUGGUGGAGACCCUGGGCUUCAGCAUCUACGGGCUGCUGGACCAGCAGACUGGACUUUAUGAGUAUAAAGUCUUUGGUGUUCUGGACGAUUGCCCACCGGAUUUACUUGCAGAUGUCUAUAUGGACUUAGACUACAGAAAACAGUGGGACCAAUAUGUAAAAGAACUCUAUGAAAAGGAAUGCAAUGGAGAAACCGUGGUGUACUGGCAAGUGAAGUACCCUUUUCCCAUGUCCAACCGAGAUUACAUCUACAUCCGGCAGCGGCAAGAGCUGGACAUGGAAGGGCGGAAGAUCCAUGUGGUCCUGGCCCAGAGCACUUCUGUGCCUCAGUUUCCUGAGAGGUCUGGUGUGGUCCGGGUAAAUCAGUAUAAGCAGAGCCUGGCGAUUGAGAGUGACGGCAAGAAGGGGAGCAAAGUUUUCAUGUAUUACUUCGAUAACCCGGGUGGCCAAAUUCCAUCCUGGCUCAUUAACUGGGUCGCAAAGAAUGGCGUUCCUAACUUCCUGAAGGACAUGGCAAAAGCCUGUAAGAACUACCGACGGUAACUUCAGAAAGAACAUCGUGUGUUGGUGUACUGAAGUCGCUGGAAGUGCCACAGCCCAGCGAUGCACAGCUUUCCUUUCCCUCUUCCACCUUCAGAGGCUGGCUCACUGUCCCGCACAUCGUCCCCAAGUGUGUUUGCUGAUGCCUGGCUUCCUCUCCCCCUUUCCCCACAUCGGAACUGGCUGCCUUCUUCCACUAUUGAAUGUGGGUCAGAUGAGGGAAAUUUUGCUGGCUUAUUUUUAAAAAGGGGAGUCCUCAUUGGGUAAUACAAUCAUUCCAUUGUGCCAUUUUAGGGGGGUGGGUGGGUGGAGGAACGACAACAAAUGCAAGGGCAGCCGAUCCUGGCAAGCUGGCUCCUUCCAGAAUGUGACCUCUUGCAACCCAGAGGGGCUGCUGGGACGCCAUCCCCUUCAGUGUGGACUCCUGGUGCCUCAGAAUGGGAGACAGGUGCUGAUGUCCAUCUGUCUGAUGCUUUGGUGUUUGAUUUGGCCGGGUCUGAGGUGAUAAUCCAGCAAGUCUCUCCAUUAUUUGUACUUGUGGAAGAUCGUGAGCUAUUUUGAUUUCAAACUAUGUUGAAACACAUGGCAGGCCUGAUUAAGCACUUGAUGUGGUAACCAUGUUUUCUCAUCACCUAUGUCUGGGAUUCUCUUUCCCACCUGCCACUGGAGAGAGGCUGACCAGACCUCACUGGCUCUGCAUUUUAUCAGAAACAGAGGCAUCAUGAUGCUUCUCACUGGUAGUUUGCAAAAGUCAAGAAGCUGUGUGCAUAGCUGUGAUAAAGUAUCUGUAUGCAAUAAUAUGACUUUCCUUUUCUAGAAUGUUUGGAGAUACUGAAGGGAUAAGAGUUCACAUCCAGGGAAAUAUUAAUUAGUGGAUUGUUUGACUCUACAACUUUUUUCUCAGGAAUUCUACCUAACAUGUCUGCCUCUUCUACCACUAAAGACUUCCAGUUUCCUGUGUUCUCCUGAAUUUUGGUAGAUACUGUGGCUAAAGGCAUAGCCUUCAUGAUCUCAGGGAAAAAUUUUAACCACUGUGUGUGAUGGUACUGAAUCUUGAUUAGUUGUCAUAGAACUUCAGGAUGUAAAGCCAGAAGCAGAGGAUUUUAUAAAAUGGGAUACCUCAACGUAUGUGUUCUCUCUGGGAAGAAAAUAGAUCAAACACCAAUAAAUACAGAGUGACAUAAA